CGCGGCCUGAGGGAGCGGCCGGCUGCCGCGCGGGGCUCGCCUCGCCCGCGGCGGGGUCCAUGGCCUGAGCGGCCAUGUCCGGCGUGGUGCGGACCCUCAGCCGCUGCCUGCUGCCGGCCGAGGCCGGCGGGGCCCGCGAGCGCAGGGCAGGCGGCGGCGGCGGGGCCCGCGACGCGGAGCGCGAGGCGCGGCGGCGCAGCCGGGACAUCGACGCGGGGCUGGCCCGCGAGCGGCGCGCCGUGCGGCGCCUCGUCAAGAUCCUGCUGCUGGGCGCGGGCGAGAGCGGCAAGUCCACCUUCCUCAAGCAGAUGCGCAUCAUCCACGGCCGCGAGUUCGACCAGAAGGCGCUGCUCGAGUUCCGCGACACCAUCUUCGACAACAUCCUCAAGGGCUCACGGGUUCUUGUCGAUGCACGAGACAAGCUUGGCAUUCCAUGGCAGUAUUCGGAGAAUGAGAAGCACGGCAUGUUCCUCCUGGCCUUCGAGAACAAGGCGGGGCUGCCCGUGGAGCCUGCCACCUUCCAGCUGUACGUCCCGGCGCUCAGCGCUCUCUGGAGGGACUCCGGCAUCAGGGAGGCUUUCAGCCGGAGGAGCGAGUUCCAGCUGGGUGAAUCGGUGAAGUACUUUCUGGAUAACUUGGACCGGAUUGGCCAGCUGAAUUACUUUCCUAGCAAGCAGGACAUUCUGCUGGCACGGAAAGCCACCAAGGGCAUUGUGGAACAUGACUUCGUUAUUAAAAAAAUCCCUUUUAAGAUGGUGGACGUGGGCGGCCAGCGGUCCCAGCGCCAGAAGUGGUUCCAGUGCUUCGACGGGAUCACAUCGAUCCUGUUCAUGGUGUCCUCCAGCGAGUUCGACCAGGUGCUCAUGGAGGACAGGCGCACCAACCGGCUGGUGGAGUCCAUGAACAUCUUCGAGACCAUAGUCAACAACAAGCUGUUCUUCAACGUCUCCAUCAUCCUCUUCCUCAACAAGAUGGACCUCCUGGUGGAGAAGGUCAAGACCGUGAGCAUCAAGAAGCACUUCCCAGACUUCAAGGGCGACCCGCACCGACUGGAGGACGUGCAGCGCUUCCUGGUGCAGGGCUUCGACCGCAAGAGACGGAACCGCAGCCGGCCGCUCUUCCACCACUUCACCACCGCCAUCGACACGGAGAACAUCCGCUUCGUGUUCCACGCUGUGAAGGACACCAUCCUGCAGGAGAACCUGAAGGACAUCAUGCUGCAGUGAGAGGACACCCCUCUCCGCCGCCCGCAGCACCCUCGGCGGCCGCUGUCCCAGCUCCCUGGGCCCGCAGGGCGCUUCUCAGACCCGUGCCACCGGCACCGGGCUCAGGAGUGCCACCGCACUGGCCACGCCGGCCACACGGGCCACGCCGCCGCACUCCAGGCCCGGGGACGCGGACACUCGGACGUUAGCUACUGAACCCGGGGCGUAGUCAAACUACUGAGAAUCCAAGGGGUCACUUUGGUAUUAACACGUAAUACCUAGUAACACAGCUUUCUCUCUCUUUACAGAAACUAUUCCUUCUUUGACACCGUUUAAUCGAGGACUGUGUGUGCGCGGCGGCUGUGCACACGUGCCCGCACACACACCGGUAACGACAACACGAACAGCUGGCCUUGCAGGUGGCUUUUCCCUCUAAUGUGCAAGUCUUCCGCGAGACAGACGAGCCCGGGUGCUUGGCCUGAUGGUGGUUUGCGGGAGAGCAGGUGUCUCCGUGCCCCUCCCAGAGCACAUGCGUUGCCUUGUAGAACCUGGUGCCAGUUCUGAGAGACCCUGGUCCAGGCCCCUGAGAUGCGGCCAGGGGCCCCCAGCUUUAGAGGGUGGGCGUGGGCUUGCCUUAAUGCCCCACGGCCUGUGUGCCGGCAGGGGGCGUGCCUGUUACACGCACCCGCCCAUCCUCCCCCUGGCCUCACAGGGGUCUGCGAGGUGGAAGGUGCUAGAGCGCUUCCUCUUCCUCUGAGGCUUCUGAACACUGGCAGGAUUCCUAGCAGACCUCGGUAAGUGCCACAGUUGACCUUUCCAAAAGCCCAGACUCUCCGAGUUUCUGCAGACUGCCGCCACCCCGAUGCCUUCGGACAGCUGGUCCCCACUCAGCUGUGCUUGAGAUCUUGAUUCUUACCAUGGUCUCUGUUCUAUCCGUGUACACACGUCACCAGCAAACACCACUGGACGUAGCUCUCGUCCGGGAGAAGCUGCCCGAGCCCAUGAGUGUGGGCAUGGGCAGACACUUGGCCCCUUAGCUCUGUGCAGGUCUCUCCCUGGCUUCAGGACACUGUAUCCCAUGCUGGUCCCGCCAUGUGUCCCUCUCCUGGGAUGGUCUGUCCUCUGUGCUGGGACUGCUUCCGCUAACCGGCACUGGCCCAUUACUGUGGCCAAGUAACAGCUGUGAGGCCCCCAUCCCCGGGCACCCUCUUCCCCGUCCUGUGUCCCGGUCGCAUCUCCCUCCUGGCUCCUUUCCAGCAAGCAAGGGAAACACGAGUCUUGGGGCAGAUGCUGACCCAUCUGGGGUCAGGGAGAGGGAGCACAACCUUCUCCUGAGUCAUCCUUGUUAUCAGUGUUCUUAAUGAGGGAACAAUGUGAGAGCCUUUCUCUCUCGGUGCUCAAGGCUUUGUGUCCGUGGAUGUUGGCGUUUUGGUUCCCUUGGCUGGGAAGGAACAGUGCUGUCCUGUUGUGCUUCACAGACUGACGGAUGUGAGCCAGGCUCCGGGCCCAUGACUGUGGCUUAAAGGAAAAGGAGCACUCUUGGCAGGCUCCCUCAGGGAGGGCUGGGGUCCCUCCAGCCCGGUCCCCAGCGUGGUGCACCCUCCUUGCCGGUCUCUGUCGGUGCCUCACCAGCUGCCGCUGGCCACGCUGCCCCACCGGCCGUGUGCGCCAUGCUCCGGCCCCUUGAGCCCACAGUGGACACGCACAAGCAGGAGGGGCUGGGGGCGUGCGCUGAGCUGCAUGGAGAGUGGGGUGGGCGCUGCGCCCUGGGUCCCUGGUGCUUGCGGGGGCAGUCUCGGAAGGCCCCAGCUCGAAGUUCUGGGGUUCGUUGGAAUUGGGGAAGGAAACUAUUUGCAAGGCUCGGCUAAAACCAUUCACAGCUUUCCCACACAUAGACUGUAGUUGUUUUUGUCUCCAAAACCUUCGGCUUUUGUAUUUUUUUUUUAUUUUAACUUCACUGUUAUCUUUGAUUAUUGUCUUUUUUAUUGAGUUGUUGGAGAAGCAGGAGAUAGUCGUGCCUCAUCUAUUAUUGCAAAAAUGUAACAAUAAACUUCCUCAAAAUAA